CGUAAUGUUGAAGGGAUUGUGAGGUAUGUGCAAAGCAUUUGCCACUCGUCUGCGGUUUAACAUUUCUUGCCUCAAAAUCUGUCAGGGCUUCGUCAUAAGAUUUAGGAUUGGCUGCAAAGCGUGCAUGGGGUUCUUUCCAAUAGUGCAAGAAGUUUGCAGAGGGCUAGCACAAGCCGUGAAACCAGUUACAGCUCACACUGUCUCUCAGUGAAUGAGCGCGCACCGCCCCGACAAACUGAAAUAAUACAUAGUGAUAGAAUCUCGGUCAUUCUCCUCCCGACACUACUGGUGAUUGCACAUAGUAGUACAUGGUUGAGAGAGAGAGAGUCACGAGGGAUUUAGGAGCAAGUAAAGAUUCCCGAAACGCGGCGAAAAUGGAGAACGACAUCGAUCCUAGCAAGCGACGACACUGCCUUAGAGCUACAGUGGAUCUGAUGCCGUUUGUUUUUUCUGUUGUGUCCUUCGCAUUUUGCUUUUUACUCAGUGUUCAGACCAGUGAGAUCAAGGACAGAAUCGCGAAUAUGGAGAUUGGAAGUGGCGCGGGGGUCAUAAACCCGUUUCAUGGGGUCUCUAUGGAUCAAUUUAAUGCAAUGAUCCAGGAGCGAGUGGAUGAGCUGCUGUCACGGCGUUCUUAUGAACACUUGGUUAGAAUAAGGACUGCUCGUCAAGUCUCACCACCUGAAUGCAACUGCCCACCAGGUGUUUUUUCAUUUGCAGUGCGUUGAGCUCUUUCGACCACCAUACUUUUCCUAUGUUUGCCUCCCCAACUGAGGUCCACCAGGCAAAAGGGGAAGAAGAGGACGCAAUGGAGACCCCGG